AUGCCGCCCCGCGUUGAGGACAGCGACCUCCUCGCCGGCGACGUCGCCGUCGUCUGGCUCUUCGCGCUGACGCAGAAGACCGCCUCCGUCGCGCUGUCGCCGUCGUUUCCCGGCUGGCUCGCGCCCGUCGCCGUCGAUCCGGAGUCGCUCGCGGGGUUCCUCGGCGAGAGCACCUGGCUCGCGACGACGUGGAUCGUCGUCAGCGCGGCGAUCGGCGGGUACGAGCUCGACGACGGAGUGCUCGGAAGGGAGGAGGGCGAGAUGCGGGAGGCGGUCAAGGGCGCGGCGCUCGCGUGGAUCGCGUGGGCGCCCUUCGCGCUUUUCGGUCUGCGUUGGUUCGAGCGCGCCACCGGUCUCCGCUCGUCGUUUCCCGCGGGCGUGACGCUCGGCACCGUCCUCGGGGUGAUGAUCGCGUGGCGCGCGUUCGCGAAAGUGGUGGGGCUGAUGGGGUGGUGGCGUCCCGGGCGCGUCAAGGGUGAACGGGAGGAUGACGACUGGGCGUUUCUGUUUGCGUCGCUCGGCGGCGCGGCGGCGGUGGCGACGGGUGGGGCGGUGGCGGACUUCGCGACGAGGUGGUUGGUCGAGGGGGACAUUGGGUGA